AUGCUGUUCGCAAUCUGUAAAUCUUGCCAAUAUUGCCUGGAGACAAUAUAUUGGAAGUGCUGUGAAGAAAGAUUUUGCUUCGACAAGAAAAUAGCUGCAUACAAGCUAGAAGAAAACACGCACCACAGCAAUGGUUACUCGAACAUGGGCGCCAGUCUAGACAGUGUAGUCACACAACAGCCCAUAAACAACAACCACUUACCACCAACUGCCAUCGUUGGGAGAGAGAUCAACGAAUUACCUCUACAUGCAGACAAAUUGUACGAGGUAUUCUCAAAAUCCCUAAUAUUCAGAGACGACCAAGAAUUGAAAUCGGCAAGCACGAACACUCUAGAUGAAUUCGAAACGAAAUCUGAACCAGAUUAUUUAGCAGAUAAGCCAAACAGGACCAAAGUAUAUUUUGAAGAUGAAGUCGACUCACCAGUUACAGAUUUCGAAAUCAUGUUCAAAGACGAACUAUUGGCAUCGUACGAUAUGUUCAAAAUUGAAGAAGAGGAAGAAGACACAAAGAGCCAAGAUACAGAAGAAGGAUUGGUUAUGAAUGUAUCCGUUAAAAAGCAAGAUGUUAUAAAACCGAGCACGGUCACUUUGAAAGACGAAGAUAAAAUAACGAAGCAAACUCCAGUGUACGAAUACGACCCAGUGUCUGUCCUAACUCUGCCUUCGACUCUUGUACUGCCCAGAGUGGAGAGCGUUAAAGGCAUCCUUAGAACGAACAGCGCUAGAACUCUGGAGAGAAUAGACAGUCCUAAUAGAUUAAGACCGUCAUUGAGUAGAGUGGAUAGUCUUAAGAGUAUAGAUCCAAAUAAAAUUAACAAGGUGCUAGCAAGAGUACCGCAUAGAAGUGCGUCUUUCUUGAACAUUCCUGCGUACUUAGCUCCGGAGAAACCACCGCUGAUGAAGAGUAAAUCAACCGUGGGGGUGCCAUCUCUAUCCGAGAGCGAGUUAAAAUUGAGUUCGUUACCAGAUACUCCUAUAAUCAAAAGCAACAAUUUGCCAAGAUUUUUCGCUGCGGAUACACCGCCGCCUAUGCCUAUAUACAAAGGAGAGAGUUUACAAAGUAUCAAACAAAAAACAGCGCUUAUGUUUAAAGAAAACGAUUACAGUAUGCCUAGAUAUUACGGUACGAUCAAAUCUGCUGAACCGUUGCCAGUUCACGAGAGUAAGUCUAUGCCUGAUUUGCGAAACCCUAACUCUACAGGAAAGGUUAGUAAACGAUUGGUUAAGUUAAGAAGCAGACUGAAGCCACUAGUUAUAAGGAAGAGUUCGGAAGAACGAUUGUAA